AGACUCAACUCAACCAGAGAUUUCUCCCUCAUCGCUUACAGAAAAAAGCUAUAUGCUGUUUAUAUUGCGAAAUCUAACAGUGUAGUUUGUCCCUUCGGGGACAUCCGAUAAAAUUGGAACGAUACAGAGAAGAUUAGCAUGGCCCCUGCGCAAGGAUGACACGCACAAAUCGAGAAAUGGUCCAAAAUUUUUUUUGCCAUUCUUUUCAAGCUCCAUUGUCAAAUUUUCGGGGGGUUUUGAAGUCGCCUAUCUGAGAAACCAUUGUUAGGCAUGGACGUGAAGCGCGAAAAUUGGUUGAUGGGAGAACUGAUUGUGCUUGCAAUAAAAGGGAAGAACAGACACACUGAAUGAAUGAAGAUCUAGAAUCUAGAUAAUGGCACAUGAAGGAAGACAUGAGAGUCAUUUUGGACAAGCAAGAAGUUUCCUCAAUAGUAUAAUAUAUAGUGCUGAUAGAUGGACAUGUCUCUACGAGCCAGAUCAACUUCCUCUAAACAAACAUCCACAGAUGCAUCAGAAAUUCCAUUACUUCCAACAAGCAACAACGAUCAUGAAGCAGAGCGUCCAGCUAUACCGCGACCAUCAAUUUCCCAACGUGCCUUAGAAAGCACAGCACAUUUAGCCAACCUACUCCCAACAGGAACUCUCUUAGCAUUCCAAUUACUAAUCCCAAUUUUCACCAACAACGGAUCGUGUGACACUGCAUCUCGUCCAUUGACAUUAGUCCUCCUUGCACUACUCGCAUUUUCGUGCUUUUUAGCUUGUUUCACCGAUAGUUUCAAAGCACCAGACGGGCAAAUUUACUACGGAUUAGCUACUUUCAAAGGUUUAUGGAUUUUCGAUUAUCAGGCAGCUUCGAUUUCUGGUGUGCCUGGUGAAUUGAGCAGGUAUAGAGUUGGUUUUAUUGAUUUUGUUCACGCUAUUCUCUCUGUUCUUGUAUUUGUUGCUGUGGCUUUGAGAGAUAAAAAUGUGGUGAAUUGCUUUUAUCCUACACCAGAUCAUGAAACAAAACAGGUACUUGAUGUUGUUCCUAUUGGAAUUGGGGUAAUUUGUAGUUUGUUAUUUGUAGUUUUUCCAACUAGGAGACAUGGAAUUGGCUUCCCUGUUACACCUGAUAAACGCUGAAAUCAAAGCCAAUUAUUGUUGUUAUUUGCUAAUUCAUUCAUUUGUUUAAUGUUUUGUAAAGUCAUAUUAUUGUGUAUAUGCUAAUAAUAAAGUUUUUAACAUAA